AUGAACAUUUUCAUCUUCUUCGUUAUUUUAAUUAGCUAUAAAAAUGUUACCAGCUUAUUCAUAAAAAAUAUCUUGAAUAUGACUGAAAAGUGUCGGACUAUAGAAGUUGCUUCAAUAACAAUGGAUCCACAAAAAGAAUGCAGUCAUCAAAUGAAUUCCAACUGUUUUGUGAAUUCGCAUCAAUUCAAUGAAAAUUCAGUGAAUUUAAGUCAGCAAUCUCCAAAACUGUUGAAGUCAGGGAACUGUACACACAAUAAUGAAACCUACAAGUCAAAUGUGAACCCAUCAUUGACCUCAAAUAAAAUUAUGUUUACCACCUAUUGUUCCACCAAUGCCCAUGUGACAUCUGUAGUUCCAAUUGUUGCUUCCCUUGCUUCUAAUAGUAUUAACAGUCCUUCAGGAUUGACAAAUAAUUUAGAAAACACAAAAUCCACUACAAGUUUUCCUGGAAAUAAUGUAAAUUCAUGUGUUAACAAUACUACUAAUGUAAAUAAUAGCAAUCCGCUAACGUAUAUUCUUUUACCACAAAACAGUUAUGUACCAUAUUGUACACUUCAUAGAAACAAUCAUAAUAAUUCGCUGUUGAGACCAGUAAUGACACCAGAAUCCUCACUAGCGUGUCAGCUGUCACCAAAUAUAACUCAACAUCAUACCUUGACUAGUGUCUUAAUAACAUACCAGCUGGCUCAUCGUCUGGAAGAGAAUCUCGAGCCUCCAAUAACCAUGAUGAGCCAGUCGAUUAUUCUACAACGUCAAAAGAAAAGAAUACACUACCUCCAAUAUAUAAAUCAAAAAACAACUGUCGAUCACCAGAAGGAAGUCCAUCGUUGA